AUGGCGAUGAGGUGCCUCUCUUCUCUCCCUCUCCUCUCCGCAUCCGGCUCCGGGAAGGCCUGCGCUGUGGUCAGAACGCAUCACACUCCCUCUGCUGCCGCGCACCGCCGGAUCCGUACUCACAUGUCGGUGGCCACCGGCGGUGAGCAGUCCCUGACGGCCAAGGAGCAGUCCCAGGAACCUGACUAUGGAGUUGUUAGUAUGCACCAUGUUGGAAUACUAUGUGAAAAUCUUGAAAGGUCGAUGGCAUUCUACGGUCUUAAGGUGAAUCCUGCUAGGCCAAAUGACAAGCUUCCGUACAGAGGUGCUUGGCUCUGGGUUGGUUCUGAGAUGAUCCACUUGAUGGAGCUGCCAAAUCCGGAUCCACUGACAGGACGCCCAGAGCAUGGCGGGCGUGAUCGUCAUACCUGUAUAGCAAUCAGAGAUGUCUUGAAGUUGAAAGAAAUAUUUGACAAAGCUGGAAUCAGCUACACGCUCAGCAAAUCUGGGCGACCAGCGAUCUUUGCGCGAGACCCGGAUGGAAAUGCGUUGGAAUUUACACAAGUAUAG